CAUUAUUUUACACAUGAAAAAAGAUUAGAUAAUAAGAAGAUUUAUCAAAUUGCCUUUUUGUUUCACGCGGAAUUAUAUAUAAGAGAAUUGAUUAGUCAAUUGUGACAGUAUUUUUGUUUGUUUGUAUGAGCGUGUGUUGGGGGUGAGAAAGUGUGUCUUUUGGCCUUUGCUCUCUGCUUCUGAUUUUGAAAUUGCUAAGGAAUCUAAACCCUAUCUCCCAAUCUCAAACCCUAGCUUCUCGAUUUCGUAGAUCAGAUUGCAAUCUAGCCAACCCAGAAUCGAUUCGGGUGAACUUGAACAAGCUUAGACUCUUGAAUCUGAAAUUGAGUUUUUUUGAUUGAGAAAAUUCGAUGGAGUGAUUCAAGGAGUGGGGGGAGGGGGAGAAGAGAUGACUGGAUUGGGCGUUCGAUCCAGUAGCAAUGGCUCAUUGGAGAAGACGGGACUCAACGGCGUCGUUUUAUCUAUCCAGACGACGCGUGCCAAGCCAUCUAAGAUGCACAAGGAGAGGGAAGCAGGUCUCCUCUUGCCUUGGAUCUGCAAACUCGCCGGCCGUAAGAAGGUCGGCAUGUUGCUCCUCUUCUUAAUCUCCGCCGUCGUCUUCCUCCGCGUCCUCUUCGUCGGCAAAGGUGAAGAUGGUCAGGUUCCUCCGAGUCUUCAUUUCAAUGGCACUUUUGUUGUAAAUCACUCAUACAUGUUACCAACUAAUGAAGAGGAAGAAAGCAUCAACAUUCGGAAUAUAUCUUUUCUGGGAUUGAACGCCGUGCUGUCUCCUCCAAUGCAUUUUCUUGGAUACACGCUUCCUCAAGGACAUCCUUGUAACAGUUUCACCUUGCCUCCUCCCCCAGCCGACAGGAAAAGAACAGGACCUCGCCCGUGUCCGGUGUGUUAUCUUCCGGUAGAAGAAGCGAUUGCAUUGAUGCCAAAUGCUCCGUCGUUUUCCCCUCUUCUUAAGAACUUGACGUAUGUAUAUGAAGAGCCACUAAACAGAGACACGGAGUUUGGAGGGUCUGAUUUUGGUGGUUAUCCUACUUUGAAACAUAGGAAUGAUUCUUUUGAGAUUAGAGAAACUAUGAGUGUGCAUUGUGGGUUUGUCAAAGGACCUCAACCUGGUCGAAAUACAGGUUUUGACAUUGAUGAGGCUGAUCUUCUUGAAAUGAAGCAGUGCCGUGGGAUAGUCGUUGCUUCGGCUGUAUUUGAUGCUUUUGAUGAUGUAAAAGCCCCACAAAAUAUCAGUAAAUACUCGGAGGAAACAGUUUGCUUCUACAUGUUUGUUGACGAAGAAACUGAAUCAAUUUUGAAGAGAGAACGAGGCCUUAACAGCAACAAGAAAGUAGGGAUAUGGAGGGUUGUUGUUGUUCAUAAUCUCCCUUAUUCAGAUGGAAGACGCAAUGGAAAGGUGCCGAAGCUUCUUGUUCAUAGGAUGUUUCCAAAUGCUCGCUAUUCUUUAUGGAUUGAUGGAAAACUUGAGCUUGUCGUCGAUCCACAUCAGAUUCUGGAAAGGUUCUUGUGGAGGAAAAAUGCUACUUUUGCAAUCUCUAAACAUUACAAAAGAUUUGAUGUCUUAGUGGAAGCCGAAGCAAAUAAAGCUGCUGGUAAAUAUGAUAACGCCUCUAUUGACUUCCAAGUGGAGUUUUACAAGAAUGAAGGGUUAACCCCAUACUCUGUUGCAAAGCUCCCAAUCACAAGCGACGUACCAGAGGGGUGUGUCAUUUUAAGAGAGCAUGUUCCCAUAAGCAACCUCUUCACUUGUCUUUGGUUCAACGAAGUAGACCGGUUCACUUCUAGAGAUCAAAUCAGUUUCUCAACAGUAAGAGACAAGAUUGCAGCAAAAACAAACUGGACAGUAAGCAUGUUCCUUGACUGCGAAAGACGCAACUUUGUAGUCCAGAGAUAUCAUCGAGCAGAACAAGAGAGAUAUGCAAGGCAGAAACCUCCAGUGCCUAAGUUUUCUCCUCCUCCACCUUCACUGCCUACUAAACCAGUUUUAAUCAGCAGUGAUUUGCCUAGGAAAGUCUCGAGUGGAAGAGCGGUUAGCAGAACAACGCCGCCUAGAAGGCGUGGAAGACGGUCUGGUCCAAGAGGUCACAGGAAAGCUAAUCUGCCUGUGCGGUUACAAGAUUCAGCUUAGGACUGAGAGAAACAAAGCCCCUUGCAAAGAGUUGGGUUUCUUCUUCUUCAUGGUCACUUUAUUGAUUCAAAUUUCACCACACAGUAUGUUCGUUUUUUUGUUUUGUUUCUCCAUUGAUUCAAAGGAUUCAAAAUCAUUUUUUCAAUGUAUAUAUAUAUUAUACACAGACAUUUUUGUACUUGGAUGAUAAAUUAUAGUUUCGAAUUUUUGAAGAAAGGCUGUCUAAGUUUUGUUUUGAGUGUUA